AUGGCUGGGUCGUUAGACGCUUCUCCAAGUGCUUCCAGUCGUUCACAAGACUUAGACUACUUGUAUGCAUCAAAUACUAAUGUAUCCAACUUUGUCUCUGUAAAACUUUCCGGGGACCGCAACUACCUUCUUUGGAAGGCGCAGAUGAUUUGUCUCAUGGACACUCAUAAUAUGCGCGGCAUUGUGGAUGCCUCAUUUGUUGGUCCACGAGCUUCUGGCAUCGAGAUCACGAGCAAAUACGACAAUCUUCUCAAAGGUUGGAUUUUUGGCUCAGUUACUGAAGAUAUACUCCUUCAAAUCCUCAAUCUCGGAUCAGCCAAAGAUGUUUGGGAGAAGCUGAAAUUCAUCUAUGAUCCUACUACUAGUUUGCAACAAGUUUCAGCUGAAACAAACACAAAUGACAAAGAUAGGAUUUCUAUAAAUAUAGAUAAAAAGAAGUUGCGUGAAGCUACUAUCAAGGGAAAUUGGUUGGAAGCAGAAUCCUUACUUAAAAAGGUAAAAGAUCUAUGGCUGUUGGAUACAUUAGCAUUUGAUGGCAGCACAGCACUUCAUAUGGCUGUUGGAAUAGGUCAUAAUGACUUUGUGAAAAAUCUACUGUCUUGUAUAAAUGAUGAAGAAGUACUUGUAAAGAGAAAUUCUGAUGGAAGCACGGCCCUUCACAUUGCGGCUAUUGUGGGGAACAAGUAUGCAGCCGAACUCUUGGUUAGAAAAAAUAACAAGUUGUUGAGGAUUGAAGACCACAAAGGUGAAGAACCACUCCAUAAAGCUUAUGAAAAUAUGCAUCUGGAUACCAUUGGAUAUUUGCUGAAAGCGAGUGAUGAUGACGGCGAAAGCAAGUUACGCACGUUUUCUAUAGGGGGAUCUAUUCACCAUCGCACUCACCCAGGUGUUGAAAUAGGAGUCGACCUUCUUGUUAACACCAUUUCUGCAAAACAAUACGAUUUAGCAUUAGAGUUGGUCAAAAAGUUUCCUAGAUUUGCUUCGAGAAAUGAUGAUGCACUCAUGGCUUUAGCAAAAACCUUUCCAUGUGGGUUAGAUUCCUGGGAAACACUUAUCUAUCCAUCUUUGGAAGACAAUUGGAAGGAAAUAUGUAUUUUAGCUAAAGGAUUCAUCGAUAUCUCACUGCUCCUUCCGAAGGAAGUAAUCGACGAUUUCCACGAUGAUCGAAAGCCAGCAUGUGCCAUUCUGAUUACGGUUUUUAUCGUUACAGUACCGGUCAUUCUUGCAUUGCUGUUUAUAUUGAUGUACCUCUUCCUAAGCAUAGUUCGUCUCGUAUGUCGUGUACCUUAUUUUCUCCUGUGGAAGGGAGCCAAUACAUUAGGCGGACCCAUAAGGGUUAUCCAGAACAAACAGAAAGAAUGGGAUGAAGCAACGAAGGUACUGGAAUUGGUAUGUGAUGAAAUCGACAAGUUGCCAUGCUCCGGUACUCAUCACCCCUAUUAUACACAACCAAUUCUUGAGGCUGCAUCUCAAAAUGCUUAUAAAGUUAUUGAUGAGAUUUUAUUUAGAUCACCUGAGGCCAUUCAGAGUACAAAUAAAAGUGGAUAUGACAUUAUUCAGUUAGCAGUUAUAAACCGUUCUGAAAAAACUUACAAUCUUAUCUAUGACAUUGGGGAGCGUAAGAAUCUUUAUAGAACAAUUGUUGAUUCUUCGAAGAACAAUAUCUUGCACUUGGCUGGAUGGUUAGCACCUUCACAUGCACUAAAUCGUAGAACAGGUGCGGCAUUACAAUUACAACGUGAACUCCAAUGGCGAGAGGAAGUGCAGAAACUUGUGUUUCCUACAUAUAUCACCAAAGAGAACAUUUUUAACGAGACACCAGAUAUGGUUUUCACAAGAGAACACGAGAACUUGGUAAAGGAAGGAGAAAAGUGGAUGAAAACUACAGCAGAGUCAUGCAGCAUCACUGCAGCACUAAUCACCACAAUCGUAUUUGCUGCUGCAAUUACUGUACCGGGUGGAAGCAAUCAGGAAUCAGGCAUCCCAUUGUUCAAAAAAGAAAUUGCAUUCACUAUCUUUGCAGUAGCUGAUGCUAUCUCACUAUUUGCAUCUAUUACCGCACUACUGGUGUUCUUAUCUAUCCUAACUGCACGAUUUGCCGAGAAAGAUUUUCUAGUCAGUUUGCCAAGGCGUUUGCUUAUUGGACUUUUCUUCUUAUUGUUGUCCACAACGGCCAUGUUGGUAGCCUUUAGUGCAACCUUGUUUCUAGUCUUUUGUGAUAAGAAACCAUGGAUGAUUGCUCCUAUAUGUGGAUUAGCACUCAUCCCCAUCGCCUUUUUUGUUACUCUACAGUUCCCCCUUAUGGUUGAUCUUUUUUGUUCAACACAUUUACGCAUCUUUGGCAAAGAACGGAAAAGUGUUCUUAGAAGAUUUAGAUUCAAUCCGGAUGAUAUUAGAUUACUUUUUCGUAAGUAAAAUGCACAGUUUAUAAUCAGGUAUUUCAUUGUAUUCCCCAAGUGCAUUAGUGAUAAAAGUCAUAAAACGAA